CAGUAGUUUGGCUCAUUUCUUCUUCUUGCAUAUGUCCAGGAGUUCUGUCAUCUGAUGACAGGAUCUACUCCCAACGGUGGGUUGGGCCCCUUCUGGGGAAAGAAGACGAAGAAGGAUGAUGGGACGAGAGACCGUCAGGGAGGCGUUAGGUGAGGGUCAACGUCCCGUGGAAGAAGGGGCUGGUGGGCAGAUGCGACCAGCACCUGAGACCUCAAGGGGCUGAAAAUCAUGGCAUCCAUCGAUCGACUGCAGUUGUGUACUGUCCAAUGUUUGAGGCAGUUUGCAUGCAUGCAGGCAUGCAGAACGCACAGUGAGAUUGCUCGGAGAAGCGCGGAGAAGAAGAUUGCUCGCCGUUUGCUUGCAAGAAUCUUGCAUCGUCACGAGAUUGGUUGCCGCGCAUUAGUUUUAUAUGUUUCGUACACAGUUUGGUCACUGGAGGUGGUGCUGAUUGCGGUUCCAAUCACCGAAAGUGCGGUCAUGAAUUUGGAAUUGGCCGGAUCUCUCGCCUCGUCAUACUCGAUUGGUGAUGCCAAAUUUAGGGUCCGAGAGCUUGUGGGAGUUCCACGUGAGGCGAUUUGCGGAAUCGAGCCUGCGAGAUGUAUAUCGAGCAGACGGAAAGCCUUGGGAAUCCGGGAUUGUAGUGUAUAUAUGAGAGAUGGAAUCGUUGACGCUUCAAGCUUUUCUGUAAUGACCAUCAUCGGUGCGAGCAGGAGCAGUGGGCGCAGCAGGAGGAGGAGAAAGCGAAGCCGAUCUUCGUCAUCAUGCUCGAGGUUGACGAUCUUUGACGCUGCUUCAUUAGUCCCGACUGUCAUUCGUCCGAGCAGAGGUCUCACAUUCUUCGGGUGCACAAACGCGCACAUCUGGAAGCUCCUUCCUUGGCUCGCUCACUUUCACUUUCAUCCUCGAAAAAUCCAACCUCGUACGACCUGAUCGGAUCGUAGGUCGUGGUUGACUUCUGGCAUUAACAACAAUCGACAAUAUUUCAGAGGAGUACGCAACACCCUGAGAAUCAUACAGCGCGGGCGGGAUGCAAGGGCUGAACACGGGGAGGUGAGGAGGCGGAAUCUCGUCGGUCCGAAGCCGGCCGGCCAGCCAGCUAUGGUUGGUGGACUUUGGGACUAUCGGCGCAAGUCAGGAGUGGCAUGAGUCUGGGGCUGUUGGUGUAUAUCACCGUAGGAGCGUUGUAUCUCGCCGUGCUGGUGGCCGUCUUUUAUUUGAUCGUCCAAUUUGACAGGUUCUCUAGACUUUGCGUUGCUUUGAGUCGUGGGGAUGACUGCUGCGGCGAUGCGCAAGAGAGUCUCAGUCAUUAGGAGCGCUUGCGAAGCCGAAGUGUGUGUCAUUACGAAUCUGUAGUUUGCGAGCUAUUUGUAGCUCGUGCGAAGGACCGCAGAGGUGUCAGGCUUGUCAGACAGGGUGCGUAGGGCUGCAGGAAGGGGGCUCGUCUUGCAUUUCGGGUGUCAGAUUACUCUUCUUUGUGUAUCUUCGGCGCGGCUGUAGCAUCGGGAGUCUUCUGGUGCCCGAGGGAUCUUCGAAAUGAUUACCAAGUUGUUCAACCUCUGCUUGCACCCGUCGACGUCUGGACCAAAGGCUCUGCAGGGAGUUGACCACGACAAGUUCGAAGCUUUCUACGAGAGCCUUGGGUCCAAGAUAAACUCGUUGGAACAUGAGCUGGGUCAAGACUCGCACUUUAGUCUAGCAUGGAUCCUGUCUGCCAUGGAUUUUGUCCGGUCGCUACACUCGAGUGUCUUCAAGCUUAUCGAGGAGGUAUGGCUCCCGAUGCGAAAGACCGCGGGGAUGGAUGUCAUCGAAACUUAUCUCAAUGUGAGCGUGAAGCUUUUGGAGAUGUGUAAUUACCUGCGAGAUGGUGUCAGUCAGCUGGAGUAUUCUCAGCUAUCUUUGGAGCAUUGUCUCAUAUCUCUUGGCGGACUGGUCGAAACGCUGGCGCAUACAGAGGGCUCGGACGAAUUUGUGGCCGUGAAGAAGCAGCUGGAGAGUUGCAGGCUUGAGCUGGAAAAGAUGGAAUCCAAGACAGCUCCAAACUUAUGGGUGGAGAUGAUACACAAGUCGAAGGGAUCUGGUGUCCAAAGUGGCAGUGGUAGGAAGAAGCAAGAUGAACCGCAACUGUCAACCCUCGAAAGAUCCUUCAGUGUUCUACCCUCACCCUCUUUCAGCAAAAAGGCAUUCCUUAUAUCUCAGGUCAUGCAAGAUGUACAAUUAGUGAUUACCUUCGUCUACUGCCUUCUUCUGUGGGUUCUGACGGACACGUCCGAGCAGUUCAGUUUCGCAUAUGAUUUCAAUGCACCCAGUUUCGCCACUUGGAAAUCGGACCUGUGGGCAGGCUCUCUCCUGAGCCUGAAGCAUAGGAUUGAAAAUUCUGAGCUGAAGCAUAAGAGAUCAAAUUGUUCUCUGUCCUUGAAAGAAAUUAGACUUGUUCAUGGUGCAGUUCUUGAUCUCAUAGAGCAAGUGGAACAAGGAGUGCAACAGAGCGCCCAAGCAGCUGAAACCAAUCGAUCGGAAACACUGCAGGCUGUGCUGGAGCGAUCGAAAACCAGGCUUAAUGAUAUGACACAACUUUCUGAUAAGCUCUCUCUGGUAGCCAAUGAUACAUUCUCGGAGAUUCUCCACAGCCAGGAAAAGAUAAUGAAUAUUGUUGAGAAUCAGCUGCUAAGAUCGAUCACAAUCUAGAAUCAUUUGAUUGCCAGAGGCUUCUGAACAACCUAACGCAGAUAGACGAUCUUGUCGAUCCACACAUGCUUCAACCAUCCUUCAGGCCAUCCGAAAAGGGUCUGUGUUCUUUCACCUGGGUCGAUUGUUCUGCUCAUUUCCAACAGCUCACGACACUUUUUAUUCGACGACACUAUCAAGGGACCCUCGAACAGGCGCAUAGGAGAUGUUGAACGCUACAUUGCUCGGGUGCCAAUUUGAAACUCAGACGGAAAUGAAUUGUAACUAUGCACGUGAGUUUUUCAUUCAAGUUGUCAGAUUUAGCUGAAUCCAACUAAAGAAGCCUGGCACUGAUGAGCUGUAUAGAUCCUAGGAGGUGAACACAGGGGCUAAAUGCGAUCAAGGUACUCUUGCCGGUGACCUUUUCCCGUUUUGAUCACUGUAUAAACUGUAGAAGACUAAGGUGACAACAGAUAGGAAGACUCUGAUCUUCUUCCCAGCUGAACUUGGGAUUGUAAUUGUAUUUAGGAAGGUUCUCGUAGGAUGUACAUUGAAAGUCCCUCAAAAUGUUCAAGGGACUAGUGUUCCCAGUCAUGUAUACUGUGUUUAUAUGGGAGUCGAAGAAUGUCAGGACUGGACACUCUUUUACAUUUUACAUAUAGGAGUUUUCAUCAAGGGAGUGCUUAUAUUCUCCCACAAAGUACCUACUAAGCAUGUGAUAUUCAAAGCACACCCUUGUUCG